AUGUUUAGACCCACCGUUUCCAGGAAGAUAUCGUUCAAGACGAUCCUCUCGUCGUUUCGAGGUGGACAUGCCGUUGAGACGGUCAAGCAGCCAUCAGCAACACUUCCGUCCACUGUGAACAUUGAAUCGUUCGUGGAGUCGCCAGAAUUUGAGGUGCUAGGUAAAACAUCCGGCAUGCUCAACAUUCGUCUUCCACAGUCGUCGAUCCUUAAUUUGCGCUACAACAACACAAACCAGAGCAUAAUCGCCUUGAACGGUAAAGUGUCGGAGCUGGUGGUCGAAUUGGGCAGAACUGAUGGAGCCCUGGUGUUCCAGAGAUGUCUGAAUGGAUCGGGCCCUAUGUCGAUUCUUAUGGCUAACAAGCUCCAAAACGCCAACUUCAGUGUGGUGCAGGCGACGCCGGACGCUGGCUGGACGGUCAAGCGUGACAAUCUCGUUGCAUGGGCAGGCAAUCACCUGCUUCUUAACGGAUCGAGAAAACUUGUCAACAUAGAAGGAUCGGGCAAGUUCGUGCUGAGCUCUCCAGGACAAACGCUUCAGCUUUCAUUGCAAGAAGGAGAGUCUAUCAGUGUGAGUCCGUCCAGCGUGGUAGCAUUCACGGGCACCCAGCCAACAGGACCAAAGAGCCUUGUCGACUUUGGCGUCCCUGGCAUUUCGUGGCUCACCAAAGCCUCUGCAUCCUGGUCCUCUCUCAAAAGUUACGUUUCUGACAAACUCAAGCUUCCUCCCGUGCACGUCCACCCUUGGCUGUCAUCUGCCUUCGCAAAGACCGGAGGGUUGAUCAAAAGAGCGUUCAACAGACUGUUUACGGGAAACCCAGACUACAUGAUCGAGUUCUCUGGUCCUCGUACGCUACUCAUCACCAAUGGGGUGCACUUCAAGGAUAAAAUUAUGACCGAGGACGAAAUCGAAAAAUUGAAAAACUAA